ACCAUCGGAAGCAUUGCGGAAGCGUAGCCCUCAACCCCCGUUUCUCCCCUAGGGAAACACUGCUAUCUCUGCCAGCACUUUCGCCAUUGUUUUCACUGUUAAUGCUGUUAUCAUCGUUAGCUGCAAGCUGCCAGCUCACCAUCGCCAUGGUGAGAGCCAUUGAGAGCUGGGUCUGAAACUAACACCCGCCAAGCGCCAAAUGUGGGUAGGUUUUCCGUAUGGCAAGUAAAUCUCAUAAGGCUAUCCGCCACACUGGUGUGUAACGUUUGUACCAAAACAGUGAUAUCAUAAAAAAAAACACUUACACUGACACUGAGAGUCUGUACUGCAUUUUGGUGUCAUUUAUGCUGCCUUGUUAACAUCAAAAUCAAAACAAACAUGCAAAUUAAUUGUUAAUUUAAGUUCUCUUAGUUUUGUAUUCAACAUAACACAUUAUUAACUUAAUGAAAUGGACUAAAACAAAUGUAUAUGUGACACAAAAAGGCAAUUUAUUAUUUUGGCCGCUUAAAAAAUAUGAUUGGCCGUUGGAUUUUGUCAUCUACCAGCCCCCUUGGCCGGUGAGUCAAAAAUUGAAUUUCGGACACUGGUUGAGAGGCAUUAGAAAUGCUCCCAAUCCCAUAUUUUUCACCUUUAACAUUUUUACAGUUUUCAUUGAAACUACUUUGCCAAAGAAAUAGUUCACAUAAAAUAUUUUUGGCAGUGUAUUCUGUGUAUUCUCCAGAGUAAAAGGGGUAUUGUUGUUUCCAGAAAGAGAUUUUUUUAAAUGUGCUGAGAGAGCCCCACAGACAUUGUAUUGGGAUGGCGCCAGAGAUAUGAGAUAUAGAUAUCUCAAAAUAUGGACAAAUAUGACCAAAACUAUCAGCAUGGCUACACAGAGAAAAUAUGUUUUUAUGUAAAUUGGGUGGACCGGAUUAAUUACAUAGAUAUGUGCUGAAGCUGCACCUUGCAGCACUUGUGAAUAUGAUCUCUCACACCUCUCUACUGCUCUUAUGACUGCUACCAUUCACUGACUGCUGCCACAGGACCUCCAGGCCUUUAGGACAUUCUCCUUUUUGCAUCUCUAGUCUCUCUCUCUGGUUGGUCUCUCCACCCUUCUGUGACCUGGGGAUGAACGCACCAAUGAGGAGCCUCACAGUGAGUCCCCUGGUCCUCCUCCACCCCAUCUUCUUCCGCCACAACACCCCAGUCACUCACUCACUCACAGAGUGUGUCGCAUAUAUGCCUUGAUGUCAGACGUGGGUAUGCCUGAUCGCAUGUUAUGUGCAGUGCUGGAGCAAUUUCAGCUUUACUUUUCCCUUUGAUCCACUCCCUGUAUAGCACAGCGAGCCCCAGCAUGCUAAAGAGGAAACAGAGCUCACGGGUCGAGGCCCAGCCCAUGACCGACUUUGGGCCGGAUGAGACCCUCGCAGACAGCGCUGACAUCUUUUGGAUCAACAAAGCAUGGGUGCACACCCUGCUGCGGGCCUGUUCCAUCAUCAGUGUCAUCUCCGUGUGCAUGAACACCCCCAAGACAUUCGAGCACUACCCGCCGUUGCAGUAUGUGACCUUCACGCUGGACACGCUGCUCAUGUUCCUCUACACUGCCGAGAUGAUCGCCAAGAUGCACAUCAGAGGAAUCAUCAAGGGGGAUAACUCCUAUGUGAAGGAUCGCUGGUGUAUGUUUGAUGGAUUCAUGGUAUUUUUCAUCUGGGUAUCCCUGGUGCUGCAGGUGUUUGAAAUAGCAGAGCUUGUGGAUCAGAUGUCUCCCUGGGGAAUGCUGAGGAUCCCCCGAGCGCUCAUUAUGAUCCGGGCCUUCAGGAUCUACUUCCGCUUCGAGCUUCCUCGCUCCCGCAUCACAAACAUACUGAAGCGAUCCGGGGAACAGAUCUGGAGUGUCACCAUCUUCCUGCUGUUUUUUCUCCUGCUCUAUGGAAUUCUGGGCGUUCAGAUGUUUGGAACGUUCAAUCAUCACUGUGUUACUAAUGACACGGAGGAAGGUAAUGUGACAUGGAACAGCUUGGCCAUCCCAGACACCCAUUGUUCUCCUGAUGGGGAGGGCUACCAGUGUCCUCAUGGCUUCAAAUGCGUGGACCUGGAGGAGCUGGGCCUCAGCCGACAGGAGCUCGGUUAUAGUGGCUUCAAUGAACUAGGUACAAGCAUCUUUACUGUGUACGAGGCUGCAUCACAGGAGGGCUGGGUGUUCCUCAUGUACAGAGCCAUCGACAGUUUCCCUCGCUGGCGCUCCUACUUCUACUUUAUAACUCUCAUUUUCUUCUUGGCAUGGCUUGUCAAGAAUGUGUUCAUUGCCGUCAUCAUCGAGACAUUUGCUGAGAUAAGAGUGCAAUUUCAGCAGAUGUGGGGGUCAAGGAGUAGCACCACCUCUACCGCUACAACACAGAUGUUUCAUGAAGACUCUGCUGGGGGGUGGCAGCUUGUAGCUGUGGACGUCAACAAACCACAUGGCCGAGCGCCUGCCUGCCUCCAGCAACUGAUGCGGUCGUCUGUGUUCCACAUGUUCAUCUUGAGCAUGGUCGCUGUGGACGUCAUCGUUGCUGCUAGCAACUACUAUAAAGGCGAGAACUACCGCAGGCACUAUGAUGAGUUUUACCUGGCAGAGGUUGCCUUCACUGUGUUAUUCGACCUGGAAGCUCUUCUGAAAAUCUGGUGUCUGGGCUUCACCGGCUACAUCAGCUCCUCUCUGCACAAGUUUGAAUCUCUGCUGGUGGUGGGCACCACACUGCACAUCUACCCUGACCUCUACCACUCUCAGUUCACCUACUUCCAGGUGCUGCGUGUUGUGCGUUUGAUUAAGAUUUCCCCAGCUCUGGAGGACUUUGUGUACAAGAUAUUUGGUCCGGGGAAAAAACUGGGCAGCCUGGUGGUGUUCACAGCAAGCCUCCUCAUCGUCAUGUCGGCCAUCAGCCUGCAGAUGUUCUGCUUUGUGGAGGAGCUGGACCGCUUUACCACAUUCCCCAGGGCAUUCAUGUCCAUGUUCCAAAUCCUAACCCAGGAGGGCUGGGUAGACGUCAUGGACCAGACUCUGGUGUCUGUGGGUCAUAUGUGGGCUCCGGUAGUGGCCAUUUACUUCAUCCUCUACCAUCUGUUCGCUACCCUGAUUCUGCUCAGUCUCUUUGUGGCUGUCAUCUUGGACAAUCUUGAGUUGGAUGAAGACUUGAAGAAGCUCAAACAGCUCAAGCAAAGUGAAGCCAAUGCUGACACCAAAGAGAAGCUCCCUCUACGACUGAGGAUCUUUGAGAAGUUCCCCAACAGACCUCAGAUGGUGAAGAUCUCCAAGCUCCCGUCCGAUUUCACCGUGCCCAGGAUCAGGGAGAGCUUUAUGAAGCAGUUCAUUGAUCGUCAACAGCAGGACAACAGCUGUUUGUUCCGGCGUCUCCCCUCCGCAUCAUCCUCCUCCUGUGACCACUCCAAACGCUCAGCCAUCGAAGACAACAAGUAUAUCGACCAAAAGCUUCGCAGGUCAAUAUUUAGUAUACGAGCCCGUAACCUCCUGGAAAAAGAAACGACUAUCAAUAAAAUCCUGCGGGCUUGUACCAGACAGCGUAUGCUAAGUGGAUCCUUUGAAGGCCAGCCAGCCAAAGAACGCUCCAUACUCAGCGUCCAGCAUCACAUACGGCAGGAGCGCAGAUCUCUGAGACAUGGCUCCACUAGUCAGAGGAUCAGCCGAGGGAAGUCGCUUGAGACGCUCACUCAGGAUCAUUCCAGUACGGUACGCUAUCGUAACGCUCAGAGAGAAGACAGUGAGAUCAAGAUGAUCCAAGAAAAGAAAGAACAAGCAGAGAUGAAAAGAAAAGUCCAGGAGGAGGAACUGAGGGAAAACCAUCCUUACUUUGAUAAGCCUCUCUUCAUUGUGGGGCGGGAGCACCGCUUCAGGAACUUUUGCAGGAUGAUUGUUCGAGCUCGCUUCAAUGCAUCCAAAACGGACCCCAUAACAGGAGCAGUGAAGAACACCAAAUACCACCAGCUGUACGAUCUCCUGGGCCUCGUCACCUAUUUGGACUGGGUUAUGAUUGUAGUAACCAUCUGCUCCUGCAUCUCCAUGAUGUUCGAAUCACCCUUCACCAGGGUCAUGCAUGCCCCCUCGCUGCAGAUCGGGGAGUAUGUGUUUGUGAUCUUUAUGAGCAUCGAGCUCAACCUGAAGAUCAUGGCCGACGGUCUGUUCUUCACCCCCACGGCUGUCAUCAGAGACUUUGGAGGAGUCAUGGACAUCUUCAUCUAUCUUGUGAGUUUGAUCUUCCUGUGCUGGCUGCCUCCUGACGUUCCUCCUGAGUCUGGGGCUCAGCUGCUGAUGAUGCUGCGCUGCCUGCGUCCGCUCAGGAUCUUCAAGCUGGUACCCCAGAUGAGGAAGGUGGUGCGGGAGGUUCUCAAAGGAUUCAAGGAGAUUUUCCUGGUUUCCAUUCUGCUCCUCACACUAAUGCUGGUGUUCGCAAGCUUCGGGGUUCAGCUGUUUGCCGGAAAGCUCGCCAAGUGCAACGACCCCCAUAUCAUGAAACGGGACGAAUGUCACGGUAUUUUCCGAAUAAAUGUCAGCGUUUCCAAAAACCUCAACUUGAAACUGAAGCCUGGAGAGAAGAAGCCUGGUUUCUGGGUACCAAGAGUCUGGGCCAACCCGCGUAAUUUUAACUUUGACAAUGUUGGAAAUGCCAUGUUGGCUCUGUUUGAAGUGCUGUCCCUCAAAGGCUGGGUGGAGGUCCGAGAUGUCAUUAUUCACCGCGUCGGACCGAUCCAUGGCAUCUACAUCCACGUCUUUGUGUUUCUGGGAUGCAUGAUUGGACUCACUCUGUUUGUAGGCGUCGUUAUUGCAAACUUCAACGAGAACAAGGGCACUGCUCUCCUAACAGUGGACCAGAGGAGAUGGGAGGAUCUGAAGAGUCGAUUGAAAAUAGCCCAACCUCUCCACCUGCCCCCCCGCCCAGAAAACGGGGGUUUCCGGGCCAAGAUGUACGACAUUACUCAACAUCCCUUCUUCAAACGGGGCAUUGCUGUGCUGGUGCUGGCACAGUCGGUGCUGCUCUCGGUCAAGUGGGACGUAGACGAUUCAGUAACCUUUCCUCUUGCCACCAUGUCAGUAGUCUUCACCUUUAUAUUUGUACUAGAGGUGACCAUGAAGCUCAUAGCCAUGUCACCCGCGGGUUACUGGCAGAGCAGACGGAAUCGCUACGACCUGCUCGUCACGGUAUUGGGUGUCAUCUGGAUAGUCCUGCAUUUUUCCUUACUGAACGCAUAUACGUACAUGAUGGGCACAUGUGUGAUUGUCUUCAGAUUCUUUACAAUAUGUGGGAAGCAUGUGACUCUGAAGAUGCUGCUGCUGACUGUGGUUGUCAGCAUGUACAAGAGCUUCUUCAUCAUCGUGGGCAUGUUCCUCCUCCUCCUCUGCUACGCAUUCGCUGGCGUUGUUCUCUUUGGAACUGUUAAAUACGGAGAGAACAUCAACCGGCAUGCCAACUUCUCCACAGCGGGCAAGGCUAUCACCGUUCUAUUCCGUAUUGUCACAGGGGAAGAUUGGAAUAAAAUCAUGCAUGACUGCAUGGUGCAAGCCCCAUUCUGCACCCCGGAUAAACAUCGCUACUGGGAGACCGACUGUGGCAACUACGCUGGAGCGCUUAUCUACUUCUGCUCUUUCUAUGUGAUUAUAGCCUACAUCAUGCUCAACCUACUCGUAGCCAUCAUCGUGGAGAACUUCUCUCUGUUCUACUCCACCGAGGAGGACCAGCUGCUGAGCUAUAAUGACCUGAGGCACUUCCAGAUCAUCUGGAACAUGGUGGAUGACAAACGGGAGGGUGUGAUCCCCACAUCCAGGGUGAAGUUCCUGCUCCGUCUGCUCCGAGGCAGGCUGGAGGUGGACCUGGACAAAGACAAGUUGCUGUUCAAACACAUGUGCUACGAGAUGGAGCGACUGCACAGUGGAGGGGAUGUGACCUUCCAUGAUGUGCUCAGCAUGCUGUCAUACCGCUCAGUGGACAUUAGAAAGUCUCUCCAGCUGGAGGAGCUGUUGGCCAGGGAACAGUUGGAGUACACCAUUGAAGAAGAGGUUGCCAAACAGACCAUACGAAUGUGGCUCAAGAAAUGCCUCAAACGCAUCCGGGCGUGCAGCAGCAUCCACAGCGACAGAGAGAGCCAGCAGCAGGAGCUGAGCCGCUUACUCAACCCUCCCAGCAUAGAGACCACCUUGCCAAGUGAGGACCAUAAUGCUAACAACCCAGACAACCCCUCGCAGCCUGAGAUGAGUGGUCUCCAGCAGCUACUGAGCCCCACGUUGUCAGACAGAGGAGGCUACAGGCAGGACUCCUCAGACCUGGGGAGGCCACAGAGGAAGCUGGGACAGUGGCGGCUGCCUGCAGCCGGUCGCACAAGUGUCAAGUCCAUAGUGUGCAAGAUGGGCCCUGUCAACGACGAGGCUUCUUCGGGGUCAGAGGUGAAGAAGUGGUGGACCCGCCAGCUGACCGUGGAGAGCGACGAGAGCGGCGACGACCUCAUCGACAUUUAGAGAAUGAGGCGCAGCACAUCCUGCAGUUUUUUUCUACAGAUGAGCUGGGAAGCUUGCUGGUUGACUCAAGUUUUUUUUUUUUUUUUUCUCUUGCUCUCCCCUGAUCAGUGACAGCAAUGCUUUUUCUAGUCUCUUUUUAUCCAGGUUCAGAAAGUAUGGUAGGCUGUGCGUGCAGGUUAUCGACGAGACAUUCGUUAAGCAGCCGUUUUGACACGCGGCGACGAUUUCGUACCUCUGGGAUAGGUAUUACUUUUCCUCUGCGGUUUCCACUCAUUAGUUUUUCUAUGCAGGCACACAUGGUGUUAAGGCAGACUGCGACACGAAAGGACAUGUUGCAUUCAACAAACCAAGACGCUGCUGCUCUAUAUGUUUUCUACUGUUCUGGUGUUUCGUGUCAACUUUUGAAACCGGUAAUCAUGGUGGCGCGUCUACAAAUAAGUUGUGAUGUCCUUUCAUGCUUUGUCUCUGUUCUUCUGUUUUAGUCCACGUCUCCGAUAAUGUCUCUUCUGGUCUUCAGUAUUAAUCGUAUAUAAGUAUCGAUUUUUCUUAUAGUCACUUUAUAUUGAAACCAGGCCUCUUGUUCUUGUUGGUGGAACAAGCUAAUUAAAUUUAGAUUUAUGACUGUGAAUGUAAUUAAAAGUCAAAUCUAUCUUAUGUAUUUGUGCAAAGUUUAAACAUGAAAUAUUUUGUAAAUUAUUAUAAAUCUUUAGCUUUAUCAGAUAUUCAACUAUUCUAAUAAAGGCCCAGACGGGCAUUUAUGAGCAAAA